AAAGAACCACCCAACAUACAUCCCCCAACCCAACCUAGAUCUCCUCGGUAACGAAGGAUACUUUACGGGGACCGAAAGGCACACCUCGCCGCUGCCAAACUCAGCCAUGAAUGGUGUGCACUGAGGCGAGGCCGAAAGCGCAGAGAAACAACUCCGCGAUGGUGAGGACGGGGCGGUCCGUGCUGCUCUUCCUCCUCGCCCUCACGGUGCUCUCCCCGCUCGUGCUCUACACGCGCCGCCUCUCCGUCGCGCUUAACCCCAUCCAAAGGAAGGAUUUGCCUGGCGAGAUCGCGAAUCAGGGCCUUGGUGUCAAGGCUAGCAGCAGGCUGAAUGCGCUUCCGCUGGAAACUGUGAGUUCUUUGAAAGAACCUGUCGGCGUCGUAUUCUCGGAGGAACCACGCGACUUGUCAAACGAAUCCAUUGAAUCCAAGGACCAAGAAUCGACACCGAGGAAGAAGGCAAACAGGGCGCUUUCUGAAGUCACGGCUGCUGAUGGUGCUGGAUCGAAGGAAGAUGGUUUGAUCGACCAAGUGACAAGGCAGGAGGGACAAGAUGGUAGUUUGGUGAGUAGCUCAAUUGAUCAGCAGGAGAAAGCCACUGGCUCCCAGCAGCAAUCUUCUUCUGAGGCAAGUUCAUUGGAGACACCUGCUAAGGUUCUUGUUGAAAAUCCUCAAAAAGAGAGCACGGAUGUUAAGAGUAAAAACAUGGCUUUGCCUGAUACUAGAGUCCGGAAUAUCAAGGAUCAGUUAAUCAAGGCGAAAGUCUACCUUGGUCUUGGAGCCAUUCGAGCAAAUUCCCAAUACCUCAGGGACUUGCGACAGCGGAUACGGGAAGUUCAAAAGGUGCUUGGUGAUGCAACCAAGGACUCUGAUUUACCAAAGAAUGCCAAUGAAAAGGUGAAAGCACUUGAGCAGACAUUGAUCAAGGGCAAACAGACACAGGAUGAUUGUUCUGUUGUUGUAAAAAAGCUCCGUGCUAUGCUUCACUCAGCAGAGGAGCAGCUGCUUGCUCAGAAGAAACAAACUGUUUUUUUAACACAACUUGCAGCCAAAACCCUCCCCAAAGGUCUUCACUGCCUACCCUUGAGGCUGGCUAAUGAAUAUUUUUCAUUGGAUUCCGUUCAGCAACAAUUCCCAAACCAUGAGAAACUUGAUGACCCCAAACUGUAUCACUAUGCAUUGUUCUCGGAUAAUAUAUUGGCAACAGCAGUUGUUGUUAAUUCAACAGUGUUAAAUGCCAAGCACCCUUCCCGUCAUGUCUUCCACAUAGUAACUGACAGACUAAAUUACGCUCCAAUGAAAAUGUGGUUCCUCUCGAACCCUCCUGGAAAAGCAACGAUUGAAGUACAGAAUAUUGAUGAGUUCACAUGGCUAAAUGAAACCUACAGUCCGGUGCUGAAACAACUUGGUUCUCAAUCUAUGAUUGAUUAUUACUUUAGGGCACAGCGUGCAAACUCAGAUUCAAACUUGAAGUACAGAAACCCAAAGUAUCUUUCAAUGCUUAAUCAUCUGCGAUUUUACUUACCUGAGAUUUAUCCAAAGCUCGACAAGAUGGUCUUUCUCGAUGACGAUGUAGUAGUAAAGAAGGACCUCACUGGCCUCUGGUCAAUCGAUAUGAAGGGGAAGGUAAAUGGUGCUGUAGAGACUUGUGGAGAGAGCUUCCAUCGUUUUGAUCGUUACCUGAAUUUCUCAAAUCCUGUUAUUGCGAAGAAUUUUGACCCCCAUGCUUGUGGUUGGGCUUUUGGAAUGAAUGUGUUUGAUCUGGCUGAGUGGAGACGGCAGGACAUAACCGAAAUCUAUCACUCUUGGCAGAAACUUAAUGAAGACAGAUUGCUAUGGAAACUUGGCACUCUCCCUCCAGGCCUGAUCACAUUCUGGAACAAGACGUUCCCCCUCAAUCGAUCGUGGCAUGUUCUUGGUCUUGGUUACAAUCCGCAUGUAAAUAGCAGAGACAUUGAGCGUGCUGCUGUCAUACAUUACAACGGCAACAUGAAGCCCUGGCUCGAGAUUGGCCUGCCCAAGUUCCGGAGCUACUGGUCCAAGUAUCUUUACUACGACCAGCCUUUCCUGCGGGAAUGCAACAUCAAUCCAUGAAGCAAAGAUUCCGCAACUCCGAGUCAUCUCCAACAUAACCAAUGGUUUGCUCUUGUCAAGGUGCUCUGUAGUCUAGUUAGUUCACUAUUGCAUUGAUUCAUUUCUCUAGAUUUUGGUUGAUAAUGGGAUGGUUCUGGAGAAGUUUGUGGAUUUUUGUGAGCAAGAAAGUUGUUCUGGGGCACAAUUGCUCUCAUGUAUGCCAUCUUUCUCUAAGGGAAAGUUGUUUGCUGUAGACAUAGUCUCUGUAACUGGAAAGUUAGAUAUGUUCAGGGUGAUAUAACCUACAUCCGUCAGAUUUCCCUUUUUUGGGGAGAAGGGUUAUCAUGUUAAUCAAGCAUUAGGAUCUCCCAUGGAGGGUCAUCAA